AUGGCGAUCUGUACUUAUAACGCACGUACGCUUGCAUCGGAAGCGGCCAUCGAAGAUCUGAUGAUGCAAGCCAAGAAGAUCAAGUACGACGUCAUCGGACUGACCGAGACGAGACGACGUCACCCUCUCAACGCCGUAUAUGAAACUGGAGAAGAACUGUUCUUAGGAACAUGCGACAGUAGAGGUGUUGGUGGAGUUGGCGUCCUCGUCAACACGAGUAUGGCAAAGAACAUCGACUCUUUUGAACAACUUACGACCCGAAUCGGACGUCUGCGGAUGAGAAGAUGUGGCUCAAUACCAGCUUUGACUAUCUUCGUCGUUUACGCUCCAACAUCAAGCUACGAAGAAGAAGAAGUCGAAGCUUUCUAUAUGGACCUGGAGAAGUUCUACCAAGAAGAUCAUGCCUUCUACAAGGUCAUAGUUGGCGAUUUCAACGCUAAGGUUGGCCCAAGAAGAACGCCGGAGGAACUUCACAUCGGGACCCACGGCCUACAAUGGAAUGAUCAGGGAGAGAGGCUCUCCGAGUUCAUUAUGACGACUAAGACCAUCCAUGGGAACUCGCAAUUUCAGAAGCCCUCUUCUUUACGCUGGACGUGGGAGUCACCCGGUGGAGGGUACCGUAAUGAAAUAGACCACAUCAUCGUCAAUAAAAGGUUCUGCCUGACGGACGUCGGUGUUGUACCAAAGUUCUAUACGGGAUCGGACCAUCGCCUCCUCCGAGGAAGAUUUUCCUUCACAAGGAGAGCAGAGAAAGCCGCCAAGUUCAGAGAGAGAAAUCCCAGGACUACCAUCAACUGGGAUCUCUUCGCUACGCUAGCCGUCUUUUGGAAAGAUUCUGCAAUGGACAACAUCGACGAGGAAUAUGACCGGCUUGUCGAACACCUUCACGACUGCGCGAAGAAGGCUGAGAGUUUUAAAACCACCAAGAGGCGUCUGUCUCUUGAAACUCUUGAGCUGAUACGCCAGCGUGGAGCAGCACGAGCCGCAGGGAACCAAGAGCUCACGUUCGAGCUCGCAAGGCUUUGCAAAGAGGCGAUAAAGGAAGACCUUAAAGAGAGAAGAGCAGAAGUGCUGGCUGAAGCUGCAGAGGCGGGGAAAAGCAUCCGCUAUGCCCGUCGAGACUUCGCCAGUCGCAAGACGAGGAUGACUGCUCUCCGGAACCCAAAGGGAACAGCCAUUGCAUCGAGAAGGGGGAUGGAGAAAAUCAUCUACGACUUCUACUCUGAUCUCUUGUCCACUUGCCUCCUCACCAUCUGA